AAAACCCCACCCUCGAGAGCCAAAAACACACAUACUGGGUUUCUGUCAAAUCCAAAGGAGGAGGAGAAGAAGACCCAGGAGUUUCCAGCCUAAUCACAGACCUAGAAGAAACCCUCAACACUGAAAGCCUGUUACAAUCUUCACUUCAUUUCCCUCUCUCAACCCUCCAAAAUCUCCUUUCUCUUUUAGACAUAAAUGACUCACAAAUUCCUUCUCAAUUCCUCUCCUCGAACUCCCUCUCUUUAUCUUCCCUUCUCCCUCCUCUAACCUCUGUGAUGGACUCUGACCCCACUCAUCUUUCCCUUCUCUCCUCUAAAAUAUACCCCUCUCUUCCCCCAAUUCCCCUGUUUUCACUCCUUUCUCUCUCUUUUCUGCUUGCUUCGCCGGGCUCUUAAGUCCUCUCGCUCCUCCUCCUCGGGCCCAUUAGCAGGAAACCCUUCGGGUUCCAAUCGAGAGGUUAAGAAGUGAAAAGAGAGGAAAAGAGGAGGGAUUGUCAUGUGUAAUAAUGGAGGUAGUGAUGGGGAUAAGGGAAAGGAGAGGGAGGAUUUUUUUACAUGAGAGUGUUUUCGGGUGUUCUUGAGAGGUUAGUUUUUGUUUUGGACUUGAUUCACUUGAACAGGUUUCCUGAUAGCUUGAAGUCUUUGGUUCAUACUGCAGUGGGAGUUCCGGUUUUAGUGAUUAGCAGGGAAAUGGGAGGAGGGUUUGAGAGACUGGCUGGUUUGGGUUCGAGGGUUUUGUGUCACGUCUUUAUCAGAACAUGGAGAGGAAGGGAAGCAGUGGUGGAGGUUUUGAAGGCGUUAGCGGUGUUGAUUUUGUUGGGGAAAUCGCAAGCGAGGAGCUUUGCGUUGGGAUUUGUGAAGAUUUUGAUGGUGGGUGUGGAGUAAAGAAGUGACGGGUUUAAGAAGGCGGUGGUGAAUUUGCCACGGUAUUUGGCUCAAAUGGCGCCAGAGAAGGCGGAACCUAGAGGGUUCGCAGUUGAGGCGAUAAUGGAGAUUGCUAAACUAAUGGAGUUGGAGGAUCAGGUAGGGUUUGUUGAGUAUGCGGUGAAAAUGACACAAGGGAAGGCCAAUCUUAGACUCUUGGGAGUGGAUUUGAUCUUGAAUUUAAUUAUGCUGUUAAAAGAUGCGUUAGUUGAGGUGGAUUUGGAUUGUGAAGUGAGGAAUUCCUGCGGUUUUAAAUGCGUGGAGGCAUUGAUUCAGCGUUGCAUGGAUCGAGCUCGUGCACUGUCUACUUUGGCCCAGUUAGUGGGGUUUUGGUCGAGUGAUGAUAAAUAUCGUGAUGUUUUGAAGGAAGUAAUGGGGUUUGGAGGAGUGGAGGUGGAAGGUGGGUUAAAUGAUAUUUUGGGGAAAAGGUGUACGAGUGACAAGGCGAAUGUUAGGAGGGCUGAUCCGCUUGUGAGCAUACGCAAAGCCACAAUUUCAGCUCUGUCUGAGGCUUUCAGAACAUUUUCAGAUGAAAGUGUGAAUAUUGAGCGGCUGCAUUCUGUGCCAGGUUUAAUAACAGAUAACGAAACUAGUAUCCAAGAAGAAUGCGAGAUGUUCUUGGAACUGGUGUUGGAUCGCAUUUCCAGUGCAGUAUCUGAGAGUACAAUACACAACCAGCCCUCUUGCUCUAAUUCUACUGUUAAAGUGAAAGGUAUAGAGAGGGAGAUUGAGUCGCUGUUUCCAGGAGUCCUGGUGCUUUUGAAAGAGAUCUGCAAUGGAGAGGUUACACCUUGGGUGAAAAAAAUCUGCACAAGUUUGGGUAAUAAGAAACGACUGAAGCCUAAAAUUGCUACGGCAUUACAAAAUAUCAUAAAGACAUCGGAGUCUCAUUGGUUGAGCAAGUCCGUGCCGAUAGAGAACUGGACAGCCCCACCUGGUGCUUGGUUUCUUCUAUCAGAGGUGUCAGCAUACCUAUCAAAAGCUGUCAACUGGGAGCUCCUCCAUUAUUCUUGGCAGAUCCGUGACAAGUACAGAGCAGCAGUUGAGUUUAAGAGUCCAUAUCCAUAUCCUAAAGAAUUUGUGCAUGAAGAUGUAGAUGACAUUGAAUCCAAUUCCAUUGCAUGGGCUGGGGCUCGUGUUUCUCUCAUGCAAACAAUAUCAAAUGUUUCUGUUGAGCUGCCCCCCGAACCUGCAGCAGAGUUAGGUCAUAACUUGCUCAGAUGAAUCGAAGAGUUCAACAUGCAUUCAACAGAGGUAUCUAUACUAGCAUAUGCAGGAUGCUGUAUAGGGGAAUCUUCUUUUCCGUUCUCUCCUGUCAGUGUCGUUCUUGGGAUAUACAUUAGUCGCCAUGCUGGAUUUCUAAUAAAUACGAAAACCUAUGGUACUUUCCUGCCGCAUUCUUGUGACGUGUAAAAUGAUGGUUAUCGCUGGCAAUUACAGGAAUCUUAACAUCUAGUUUAGAAGGAAUUCACUA